AUGGUUGCAGACGAGCACCAUCAUCGCGUUGAUCCGCGUGAUUUGGAUGUAUUAGAUAUGCUCACAUCUCUUCCACCGAGUCACGAUACACGCCCAUUGCCUCCGUCCCAACUUCGCGUAUUGGACACCGUAGCCGGUCUUCGCCGGCCGCCUAUCGAUCCGAUCGUGUUGGCUGCAUCUCUCAGCUCCGGCCCUCAGGUAACGCGUCAUCACUUCCACCAUACCUUUGCCGAUCCUGCAUCUGCUCAUCUAUCUGGCCACUCGCAGCAGAUGCGUGUGAGUGAGCGCCGGCGGCAAGAAGAAAUGAUGCAUCCGCCGAAGCAACACGAGCAUCCAUCCAGCUCUAUGUUGCAUUCGAGCGAUGCCGAGCUGGAACGUCGUGCAUUGAUGUACAGCAAGCAAGCUCCACGCAGCCUUCGACUCCAGCGUGAGAAAGACGAGGCCAAGGUCGCCUCGGUUACGGGGGCCUCCACGGAGCCAAAUGCCAAGACGCCGCUUGUGCUGCCUGGCCGUGAUGUGAAGGCCCCUGUGAAGCCUCUGCCACCGCUGGAAGUCCGUUGCUGCGGUCGAACACGCGUGCCCACGCCGCAUGGUGAAGUGUUUUGUCAUCUCUACCGCAAUAACCACGAUAGCAAGGAGCAUAUGGCGCUGGUGAUUGAUCCGGCGCAGAAUCACGAAUCCAUUCAAGACAAACAGCGAAAAGGCUUGCUGAGCAAGCCCCGACAUCUACGCAGCCGCACGCUCGAUGCUGUGUGGCAUGAAAACGAGACGCCUAUGGAGCGCUUGGUGCGUGGUGCCUAUGUGAACCGCCUUAGUGAGGCGCACCAGGAGGUGUCGCAGCCUGGCGAUGCGAUCAAGCAUACCAGUGCCGAUGAAUCGGCGCCUGCACCGCUCGUGCGGAUCCACUCGGAAUGCUACACGGGCGAGACGAUUGGCAGCCAGCGUUGUGACUGUGGUGAGCAACUGGAUGAGGCCUUGCGCAUUAUCAGCACCACUAUGACACAUACGAAAAGCGGGCAGCCUGUGCCGCCUCGUGGUGUUGUGGUGUACAUGCGACAGGAAGGCCGUGGUAUUGGCUUGCUCGAUAAGCUACUGGCGUACAAUCUACAGGACAUGGGCCACGAUACCGUAAGUGCAAAUGUACUUCUUGGCCACCUGCCUGAUGCACGCCGCUACGAUAUGAGCAGUGCCAUUCUACGUGACCUCGGUAUCGAGGAGUGUCGUCUGCUUACAAACAACCCUGAAAAGAUGCAAGCCAUGGAGAGCGAGGGCAUCCGUGUGACGGAGCGCGUGCCGAUGGUGCCUCGUAUGUGGCAGUACGCGCAUCAGCAUGACCACAUGCAUGCCCAUGCUCACCAUAAUGUGCAUGGCACACACACAUCACGCCGUAAGCUCUCGAAGCGUCUCAAGGACAAGCCCCAGUCGAAGCUGAUUGAAUCCCUCGCGCAUCCCAGUCGUCCGUCUCGGCCGAGCAGUGUGAUCUCGCAGGCGAUGGAUGCGUCCUCCCUGGGGCUCGGUGGGUCGUUGGACGAUGCCUCAUCGAACGCGGUCUGGGACGACGACGAGGAUGUGUAUGACGACGAGGAUGAUAUCGAGAACGAGUCCGACGAAAGCGCGGGUAGUUUCUACUCGCACACGCAGCGAAAUACUGGCGCGACAUUGAUCGGUGGCAGUGUCACACGUGGCACAGACCUCGAGCGUUAUCUGCGCACCAAAAUUGAGCGGAUGGGCCAUAUGUUAACAGAGCCUACGGCAUCGUCCGCUACCAAUCCUAUCGUGCCCAUUCCGCCAUCUGACCAGGUUUAG